AUGGCUUCCCAGGAUGGUGCCCAGGAGGCCCCGAAGCUAACGAUUUGCGUGGGCGACAUUCACGGACAUUACGUGCGAUUAGUGAAUCUGUGGAAGCGGUUAGAAGCGAAGGCAGGCGACGACUUCGCAACGUGCACGGUAAUUUUCCUCGGCGACUUCAACGACCGUGGGCCGCGCACCAAGGACGUCAUCGAGUGGCUCGUCGGUCUGCCGGAGCGCUACCCUCAGCAGAAGCACGUCUUCCUGGCCGGCAACCACGACUUCUCCUUCGCGUCGUUCAUCGGCGCGCUGCCUCGCUUCGAGCCGCCUUCGGGGUUCAAGUUCUCGGAGACGUGGCGAGGCGCGGAGAAGGACGAGGAGCGCGAGGGAUGGUGGAAGGGCGACGACAUGGAGAACGUGCACCUGCAGGGUCGCAGGUGGGCGGGGAAGAUCAAGGACCUCAUCAGCAAGAAGGGGAAGCCCUACGACGGCUCCACGUACGACGCGGGCGCCACCUUCCGCUCCUACGGCGCGGAAUUCGGUAACCGCGAAGCGCUCAUCGCUGCUGUGCCGGAGUCGCACAAGGAGUUUCUACGCAACCUUUCCUGGAUCUACGAGGCGCCCGGCGUGGACACGGGCGAUGCGGCGACGAGCUACAGCAGGCUGAUCGCGGUGCACGCGGGGUUCGACAAGGACCGGCCGCUGGGCGAGCAAAUCGAGGAGCUCCGGCGGCGACAGCCCGUGGCUAGCAGAUACGAGGCGCUCAGCGGACGCAAGAACGUGUGGGACAAUCCCGAGGAGUUGGAAAAAGAUAACGUGCUGGUGGUGAGUGGGCACCAUGGCGUGCUCGACACAUCACGGCGCCUGCGACUGAUCAUCGACGAGGCGGGUGGGCUGGACGCUCCCAUUGCUGCCAUGCUGCUGCCAUCCCGGGAGAUCAUCAGAGACACUGACCCGCUGCCCAGCUCUGAAGAUGUCGUGGCUCAAAUGACUGAGGUAGCAGAGGCAGCAGCUAUGACACAGGAGGAGUCUGCACGUGAACUGGAGCCUGUAGCUGCAUAG